AAUGGAACACAUUAAAAGUUUCAUAUUUUGGGAGUAUAAUUAGGACAUGUGACUUGUAACAAUACAAUUCUUUUGAUUGGGUAAUGAAGUUGCCGCCGUUAAAUAAAGAAAAGAGAAAACUUCUUUACACUUUCACACUCCUCUCUGCUCUCCGCUCACCACUCACCACCACUCACCACUCACCAUAAGCUCUCUCUUCUUCGACUUUGCACCACCCCCUUGGCCUUCACACCACCCUCUCUUGCUAUCGAGAAAACUACAACUUUUAUUCAUAGAGAGACAAAAUUAGAAAUUUCCACACGAAAACAAACUAAAGGAAGAGAAGAAUCAUUUCCUCUUCAACAAGGAAAUUAGCCAAAUUCUUGCUAUCGAGACACACCCUCUAUCGCUCUCGUCCAGACCUAAUGAUCGACGUUGGAAACUGCGAAUAGACUCUUCAAAGUAUUGCUAAUUCUCACCAACAUUUGUGAUCAAUUGCAUACAUUUGAUGAGAAUUGAGGCCGAGCAAGAAAAGCCGGAAAGGAUUGGUCCAAAUGUAUAGUAUUCAGAAUGAGUAAAAGCAUGGAAGGGAGAUACAUCUCGUGAAGCUAUUCAGAAACAUUUUGAAGAAACCGGUGAAGAUGAAACUACUCAACUAGUUGAAAUGUUUUCCCUCCAAAGUCCCAAGAGUAUUGCGUAAUGACGGGGACUGAUAUUCGCAUCUGGAGGGAUCUUUUAGCAAUAAUGCAAAUGAAAGAGGAUCAAAUAAAGCAAAGUAUUGACUUUCAUAUAUGUAUAUAUUUUUCUCUCUUCAACUCUUCUUGUUUUUUCCCAUUCAUCUUACUUUUUACAGUUCGAUGAUUAUUAAACUCUAACUGACAUUAUAAAGAUAUCCAUACGAUUACAGCUAUGUUUUAACAUCUCAGAGGAGAUGAGAUAUUCAACUGUUUAUGUUUUUGAGUUUCUGUUAUCAAUAUGUCACAAUCAUUAAUAUAUAACUUUAAGAGUAGUUAUGAUUAAAUUAUAGUAUUGUUGAAAAUGAUCGGACAAUUAUAUAAUAUAUAUAUUAAAUCGGUGCUAAAAAAUAAAGGGAAUCAUAACUAAGAUGUGACAACUAUAACUUAAGAUUUACAAAUUCACUUCUUCUGCAAGAAAUUUCUUAAAGCAGCAAGCAACAUCUUAAAACAAUAUGAUUUUGGAUUAAAUUUAUGAUAUCUUGUUGGUAGCCCCUAAUUAAUUCACAAUACAGCAGAAACAUGACUUGCACUACCAUUUAAUGUUAAUAUUUUAGUUGUGACUGAACAAUAAAUAAACAACAAAACACACUAAAGCACUGUCAUUAUAUAAAUCAAUAUUAAUAUAGUCAACUAUCACCACAUGUAUUAAAAAUAUUGAGUAGAGGUAUUAGGCGAGAGGAAAGAAGAAACAAAUAGUUGACCAAACCAUAAAAUGUGUAAGCAGAACUUUAUUAUGUGAUUGUGUUAAAAGACUAACUAAAGUGCAAGCACACGGAUCCUUCUCUCAAUCUGUUAUUUCCAACCGAGCUCAUCUCAGAGUGCAUAUACUUCUUGAGAUAAGGUAUGUAUUUUCCAACUGAUGCUUUUCCAUUCUGAAUAUGUAUUAAUUAUAUAUCAUAUGGUCAAAUUAAUCCGUUUAUGUCCAAACUAGACUCAAUCCUAUUGCUUAAAUUUGACAAUUGAUGCCAAACACAAACUUGGCUUUUUUACAUUUUUCAUCAAUCCCAAAAUAAGUUUUUUGUUCUAAAUUAUUAGCCUUUUCAAUGUGACACUAAAACUUGACUAGAUUUGUUGAAUUUUUAUUCGAGAAAGUUAAUAUUUGCACCAAUCUCGUGCAUGGCAAAUAUUGAGAUGUUGAUUUGUCAUCAAGAAACUAGUUGGCCAAACCAUACAUAUCAUGUUGAUGAUUUUUGAAUCAAUUGUGUACAUGAUUUUCUUAACAGGCUGUCUUAAAUUAUGGCAAAUAUUGUUAUUACCAUUGCAAGUAAUGUGGGUAAAUAUUUGGCGGGACCAGUGAUUCGCGAAAUUCAAUACCUUCUUUGUGUUAAUAAUGUAAUCGAUCUUCUUGAGAAUGAAAGAGAGGGGUUGUCGUCUGAAAGACACAACUUGCAGACUCGUGUUGCACAAGCAAAGGAAAGAACUGAAGUAAUUGAAAAACCAGUGGAGAAAUGGUUGAAUGAUGUGGAGAAUCUCCUUAAAGAAGCGGAGGCUCUUGUACAAAGGACAGAGACAGACCUCAAUUGUUUUCAAGGAUGGUUUCCAACGUGUAAUCGGUAUCUAUUAUGCAAGGAAAUGGUAAAGAAGAUAGAGGCAAUGGAGAAAUUCAAAGGCAAAAGCAACAAUAUUAAUCCAUUUUCUCAUCUUGCUCCACUACCAGGUAUUCAGUAUCAGUCAUCUGAAGACUUCAUUUAUUUUGAAUCAACAAAAAUGGCUUAUAGUCAAAUCUGGGAGGCACUUGAGGAUGAUCGCAUCUCUAUAAUUGGAGUGCAUGGAGAGGGUGGAUCUGGCAAAACAGCCCUUGUAACAGAAGUUGGCAAAAAGGCUGAGGAAUUGGAUAUGUUUGAUAAGGUUAUAUCAAUCAGAGUGUCUCAAACUCCAAAUAUUAGAGGCAUUCAAGGAAAAUUUGCAGAUAUGUUAAACGUGAGAUUGGGGGAAGAAAGUGAAGAGGGAAGAGCACAACGUUUAUGGUUGUGUUUAAAAGAAAAGAAUCGAAUUCUUAUAAUAGUAGACGAUCUAUGGAGAGAUUUUCAUUUGAUGGAUAUAGGAAUUCGAUUAGACAGUGUUAACAAGCGAACUUGGAAGAUCCUCAUAACCACUCAUAACGAGCGUAUCUGUACAUCAAUGGAAUGUCAAAAGAUGACUCAUUUGGAGCUCUUGUCUGAAGGUGAAUCUUGGACUUUCUUCCAAAAAUUUGCAAAAGUUGAUGAUAUACACUCCAAAAAUUUGCCCCAGGAAAUCUGCAAUGAAUGCGAAAGACUUCCCCUAACAAUCAAAACGGUGGCAUCGUCAUUGAAAGGAAGGCCUGAAAGUGAAUGGCGUCGGGCGUUAAAGAAGUUGAGGGAUUCAAAGGCAUCUAAUGAUGAAGGAGAAGUGACUUCUACUUUUAGCUGCCUUAAAUUAUGCUUUGGUUAUUUGCUAAGGCCGGAAACAAAACAACUCUUUCUUGUGUGCUCUCUUUUUCCCGAAGACUAUCACAUCCCAAUAGAAGAUUUGUUGAGGUAUGCGGUUGGACUGAGUGUGGAAGAAAGAUUAUCGUUACAGACAAGAAGAAGCUUAUUUGAAGCAAACAUCAACCAACUUUUAGAAUCAUAUUUGCUGAUGCGAGGUUCCGUGAAGAUGCAUGACGUGGUUCGUGAUGCAGCCUUAUGGAUUGCAAAUGGAUCAAAGAAUCACAAAAUAUUGGUAAAUGUGGACAAACCACUUAGCACUGUGGCAGAGGACAACAAGAUAAGAGACUGUUUUGCAGUAUCCUCAUGGUGGUAUAAUGAAAGUCCCUCUUUCUGUCAACUGCAUGCUCCAAAUCUUAAAAUUCUAUUGCUAAAUAUAAGUGCUCAUGGGUCAUUCAAUUCGUUGGAUUUAUUACAUUUGACAUUUGAAGGAAUACAAGGGCUUGAGGUUUUUUCUCUAACCAUCAACUACAAAAUAGUACCGUUAUCACUACCUCCCUCAAUCCAAUUCUUGAGAAAUGUUCGAACUUUGCGCUUAAAUGGAUUGGAGCUUGGUGACAUAUCUUUCAUAGCUAACUUAAUAAGACUUGAAAUUCUUGACUUGCGACGUUGUAAGUUGGACGGACUUCCUACUGAAAUAGGAAAACUCUUAAGCUUAAGGCUGCUAGAUUUGUCAGAAUGUCAUAUUUUUGAAAGGUUCUAUAAUGGAGCAAUAGGAAAAUGUUCACAACUAGAGGAAUUAUAUGCUUCAGCAUGCUACCCAGAAGACUAUGUUUCUGAUAUUGCUAUGGAUAUUGGCAUUCUCCCAAAUUUACAAAAGUUUAAAUUUAGUGAUCAAAUCACACUGAAAUUAAAAUAUUGUAAUAUCUCAAAUUUGAAGGCAUUUGAAAAAACAAUUCUGCAAAUGGGUAAAACUAUUUCUUUGACAGGCCUCCGUGGAGGAUGUAAAAAUGUCAUCCCAGAUAUGGUUGGAAUUGUGGGAGGCAUGAAUAAUUUGACCUCUCUCCAUCUAGAAAUUUGCAAAGAGAUCGAAUGCAUCUUCGAUGCAAACUAUGAUUUCAAGGAAGCUGAUUUGAUUCCCAACUUGGUCGAGUUAAACCUUCGGCAUUUGAUAAACUUGACAGCAUUGUGUCUAGGUUCACCUCUGGAAGUACUGCGCUACUUCAAGAAACUAGAAAUACUUGAUUUACAAUUUUGCAAGCAGUUACAGAACAUUUUUCCUAGGGAAUGUAAGUUAGGAAAUCUUAAGAUCCUCAGGAUAGACCGUUGCAGGACCGAUGAAGUACUUUUCUCAGCAUCUGUUGCUCAAAGUCUGCGGCAACUAGAAGAACUAAGAAUAAGAGGUUGCAAUGAAUUGAAGCAUAUAAUUGCUGCAAGUGGAAUCGAACAUGAUGGCGGUAAUACAAGUGAAGAAAUUAUUCCAACUUCAAUGAAUUCUCAUUUUCUGAUGACCAAUCUAAAAGAAGUUGGAAUUGCCAGUUGUGGAAGUUUAGAGUCGUUAUUCCCAACUUGUUAUGUUGAAGGACUUACAGGAUUGCAAAAGAUGGAAAUAAAAACAUCUCUUAAUCUGAAAUAUGUGUUUGGUGAAUCUGGUGACGAACACCUUCCAUUUCAUCAAUACAAGAACCUCGUCAUGCUUCCUCAUUUGGAAUCUCUCAAACUCCUUGGUCUUGAUAAUUUCAUUGGGAUGUGUCCAGAGAAUUGUCAAGCACAGUGGCCAUCUCAGUCUCUGAGGACAAUAAACAUAAAUAGUUGUUCAAAAUUGAAAUGUUUGUUCUCCAUGGAAACACAUAGAAGCCUACCAGAGUUGGUUGAACUUAUCAUAUACAGUUGUCAAGAAUUGCAACAAAUUGUUGCAGCAAAUGAAGAAUUUGUGCGGCUUCCCAGUGCUGAAGUUUUUUUUCCAAAGCUAAAUAUUAUAAAAAUCUAUAACUGCGACAUGUUGAAAAGCCUUUUCUCUUUUGCUAUGGUCAGAAUGCUUCCACAACUAAGCAAGCUUGAUAUAAUAAGCUGUACUCAAGUUGAAGAGGUAUUUAGACAUGGUCCCGGAGGAGACGAUAUUAUCAGGGAAAUGGAGGUUGUGCUUCCAAACUUGACAAAUGUAGUAUUGUAUGGGCUACCGAAUUUUGUAGACAUCUGUCAUGGUUAUAAGUUACAUGCCGUAAAACUUCUACAAUUCCGCAUAUCUAACUGCCCCAAAACUGUUCCAAGCCUAAAAGAAAUUCAGGAUAAAACUCAGAAGAUUCGGAUUAGAAGAUGACAAUUCUUUUUGGAUACAGUUUCGCAUAAGUAAUGUUGAGUUAGAAUCAGACCAUAUCAAUCAGGAUUUUUCACAGUCAUCUAUAGAUGGAUCAUCAUUUUAUUUGAUUAGACUUUAUAACUUGUAUUAAAUAAGGAUGUGGCUAGUCGCAUAUGAAUUUUGAACUUGUGUAAGUACUAUAGCAUAUGAGUUUUGUUAGUGGGAUAUUAAUUCCACUGAAUCAUUGUCUUGAUGCUAUGUAAGUUUUCCAGAAAUACAAUGCAAUGAAUUUGGUUAUUAUUGUUGU